AUGUAUCUCAAGCAGCUUGUUGUCCCUUCUCCCAGCAUGGGUGCAGUGCGCUGGUUGGCAAAAGACAAAGGAGAUAGAAUGGAUGGCUACUUAGUACCUCCCUUCUCCAUGCGCCUUGCUGUGUUCACGGUACAUAUAUAG